AACUUAGUCUAACGUCAGCAUUUAAACUAUUUGCAAGUUUAGUAUAUUGACAGAACAUUGUGGUAUAUUUGACAAAAUGCUGUGGUAUAUUUGACAGAAUGCUGUGGCAUAUUUGACAGAAUGUUUUGGUAUAUUUGACAGAAUGGUGUGGUAUAUUUGACCGAAAAUUGUGGUAUUAUUUGACAGAACGUUGUGGUACAUUUGACAGAAUGUUGUGGCAUAUUGGACAGAACGUUGGGGUAAAUUUGACAGAAUGUUGUGGUCUAUUUAACAGAACUUUGUGGUAUAUUUGACAGAAUGUUGUGGUAUAUAUGCGCCCUGACCGUUGCCCUGGUGCACGUGGGGGCAGACGUCGAUGUCCCGAUCUCCAGCCACUGGAAUGGCGGCUUCCAAGGUGAAGUGUGCUUCACUAUAGCGGAAGAAAUGCAUUCGUGGACUGUCAUCCUGACGUCUGACCAACCCAUCUCAAGUCUUGAAGUGAGUACAUUUGAAAGAUGACAACAUACUUAUCGUUACCUAUGAUAAAUUUAGGGGGGGGGGUGGGGGGCGGUCUAAGUGCUCUUAUGCAUACAAAUAUUCUGAAGUAAAUAUAUGUGGGUGUUCCAUGUUGAAACCAAUAGAAUGCUCAUUAUUACACAACUCGUUACGUGCAUUUUUUCACAUAAUGCCAAAAAAAUCCAUGAAAAAUAUUUUGAAACAAUCUUGAACAUCCUUUGAUAAUAAUCUUGACCAUCCUUUAAUAACAAUCUUGACCAUCUUUUGAUCAUUUCAAAUUAAUAAUUUUUAAAUUUUAAAAAAUUCAGUUAAAUGUUGAUGAAAAUCCUCCAAGGAUGUUUCCAUAUGACAGUGUGAGACACGAUCUGAACUGGUGUGGACGGCACAAUCAUUACAGGGAGAUAAACAGAGAACAACUCGUUACAGAAGCGAAUAACGGGACCAUAAUAUUGCCUUUCAAUUUUAUUUGAAGAGUUAAUAGAAAUAGGACGUAUUCAUGCUAAAUUUAUUCCCCCCCCCCACACACACACACCCCACACACACACACAUACACACACACCCCACGCCCAUCCCACACAUACCCAUACAUACACCCACCCACGCACUCAAACACACACACACACAUACACCCACACCAUUUCACACACCAAACCAACACACAUCCACACAUACAUCAACACAUACAUCCACACAUACAUCCACACAUACAUCCACACAUACAUCCACAGAUACAUCUACACAUACACACACAUACACACACAUACACCCACAAAUACAUCCACACAUACACCAACACAUGCAUCCAAACAUACACACACAUACACACACAUACACCCACACAUACACACACACAUACACACACACAUACACCCACACAUACAUCCACACAUACGCACACAUACAUCCACACAUAGACACACACACCCACACACAUACACGCACAUACAUCCACACAUACACACACACAUACACACACAUACAUCCACACAUAGACACACACCCACACAUACACACGUACACCCACACAUGAUGAACUGGUUUGUACAAAAAAAAUUUUUUUUUAAAACGUUACUACAAUUUACCAAGACAUCUCUCCCUACCUGAAAAGCCCACCUCUGAACCCCCUCACCUUUUCCCCACCUGACAAGUCCACCUCUGAAACCCCCCCCCCUCACCUUCUCCCCACCUGACAAGCCCACCUCUGAAUCCCCCCCUCUUCACCCCUCUCCCCUGUCACUGGCUACUUGCUGUCAACUGACAUAGACCCCCCUCACCUUCUCCCCACCUGACAAGCCCACCUCUGAAUCCCCCCCUCUUCACCCCUCUCCCCUGUCACUGGCUACUUGCUGUCAACUGACAUAGAGACCCUUGUGUUAAGUGUUGAGCUGUCUGCUAAUCCUUCCAGGCCUACACAGCUGUGGUCGCAGAGACGUCAGAUGGCGGGAAAGUGUUCGUCCUCCACAACAAGGACUGGAACAAGGACGAGCACGUCGGAGACAAACUUUGCAUUGGCUUCCAGGGACAUGGUGAGCACGCCAAUCAAUAUUUGAUCUCUAUUACCAUGGCAUUGCGAUCGUGAUAAGGGAUUAGUCCGAGAUACCAAUACAACUUGUACAGAGGCGUAGCCAGAGUGUUUGGCGCCCGGGGACGAGAUUCAUUUUAAAGCGCCUCCCUUUCUCUUUUCAACUCUCAAACCCAUUAUUUUCCCCAAUAAAAUAAUAUCAAAUCACAGUUUGGCGCCCCAUACUAGUCUGGCACCCAGGGAAAUAUGUUCCCCCUGCCCCCCCUUCGCUACGCCUCUGUACAGUAGUGUCACUACGGGAAUACGGGCGGCACCAGGUGAAAAACUCCCAGGGGCCUGGGGGCGCUUAAUGGAAAAAUGACAGCGUUGACAGGGUAACUAAUUGGAAUCGCUUUCGUAACUCAAUGAAAGAACAGGUUGUCACCAGAGUAGGUUGUCACCAGAGUAGGUUGUCACCAGAGCAGGUUGUCACCAGAGCAGUUUGUCCCCAGAGCAGAAUUUCACCAGAGCAUGUUGUCACCUUACCCGGGUUUACCAGAGCAAGUUGCCACCACAAUAGUUUGCAUCCAAAAUAGGUUGUCACCAAAAAAAUUUGCCACAGACCAUGUUGCCACGGACCAGGUUGCAAGAGACUAUGUUGCCACAGACCAGGUUGCAAGAGACCAUGUUGCCACAGACCAGGUUGCAAGAGACUAUGUUGCCACAGACCAGGUUGCGAGAGACCAUGUUGUCACAGACCAUGUUGCCACAGACCAGGUUGCCACAGACCAGGCUGUCACCAUAACAGGUCGUCAACAAGAGCAUAAUCAUAAGAGGUCUAUGUGGACGGCUGGGGUGGAGACACCAUUAGUCUACCACCCUUGGGGGUCAUGAACCCUAGUGACGCCACUGCAUCCGGUGACGUCAUUUUAUAUUUUGUUUUAAACUAUAUGAUUCGUCUGAAACCAGCUAUUCUCAAAUUGUGAUAAGCACACCUCUGGUGUACAGUUUAUUGUGGCAGGUGACACACACGCGUGUAACAAAUAACGACCAGACAUAUCCAGUCCAGAUUGAAAGAAAUGUAUCCACUUGGUGGUUAUGAAUUUUUAACAGUUUAUUUAAAUGGUGACACUUUCCGAAAAUUUGAGAACCUCCUCUUACAUUAGGCCAUCAGUAUGGACAAAUAAACAGAUACAGCUCUUUGAUGGGAAAUUGUUACGAUGUAAUGCUAUCUGUUUGAGAACACCCAGGAAACUUUUAGUUUCAACUUUAUGAGAGUUAAUGGUCAAACAUGGAUUGGAAUUUGUCAUUGACGUGAUAAGUAGCUUAUUAUCACGCGAUAAUUUAUCCUCUUGUAAUCUGUCUUCAGGUAAUGGCGACAUUAAUCCUAAAAUAACAGCUGCGAUUCACGCUGGUGACGUCACAAGUCCACCAAUUACCGGUAGGUAAUCUCUGCAUAUACUAUAGUGGUGCUAUCAGACAGUGGGGGGGGGGUGUGCAACAGGUGGCACCGCUUGAAAUGUUUGCACCUGUCUAGUGUUUUACUAUCAAUAACGAUCGAUGCAUGUUUGUAAUAUUUAAUUAUUUGCUUCUUUUACAUUUAUCAGACCUAUCAAAAUCCCUUAUAUAAUUUGCACUUAAACAACGUCCAUUGAAAUGCACGGCGAUCGUUGAAAUAACGUUUUCUUCUUGUCCCUGCUGCCACCCAGCCAUGGGGAUGCAGUUAACACACUGAUCGGGGUGUGUACAACAACAUCAACAAACUUGUAAACUUUGACCUUUUACGAAAAGGGCCUUAAAGAUAUACGAAAUGUGAACAUUCUAUCUUUGUUGACUGUGUGGUCUUAUAAUCUGUUGUUUGAUCUCUUCCCAGCCGGCCCGGGUCAAACACUUCCGCCAACGACGACACCAAGGCCAAGUACGUAUCAAGUGAAUCUUUCUUACGGUCAAGUCUUGUGGGUUUAAGAUCAAUGUUUAAUAUGAGAGACACUCGUCUGCCUCGUUUACAACUAAAUGCGGGUUCUUCUAAAAAGUUGGGUUUUACAGACAAGUAAGAGACAGCCCACCCCAGCCCCGGCACUCCCACAUCCCCAAAGUCUGAAGCUUAUUGCCCCAGAAAGGUCAAGGUUAAUCUCUUCUGUGGGCCGGGCCGAUGCAGAAAACAAUUAUGAGAACAUAUUUUAGCAAGAGGUACCCCCCCCCCCUCAAUGCCUGGGGGCAGUCUGUCCAUAUGUCAGCCUACUGGCUGAGGUGGAACAGGUCCCUGGUCUUCUCCUAGGAAGCCUGCAUGGGUUCGUACCCGCAUAAACUGUGCUUGCCACAAGGAUAAUGUGCUGAAAUAAACUAGGUAACAUUUUUGGGUAGUAGGGCUAGAGCACAGAAUGGCCGAUGCCGCUCAAGUAGAUAAUAAUGGUGUUAUUGGUGACCAAGAAGCACUCCCCCCCCCCCAAACCGGUGAGGGCGGUUACCCUAGUCAGUCGUUUCAUUUUAGCAUUUAGUCUUAAGGGACCCAGGUCCGAAUAGCGGCAAUUCGGUCCCGGGUCCCUUUAGACUAAACGCCAUUCGGAUGUCAUUUGUGGUAGUUUAUUUUAGUUAAAUUGAAGAAGUAAGUUUACAAACAUAUAGUCCAUUCAAUUAUCUUUCAUUUGAUACCAAAUUUUGUCUUACAAACCCAACAAUAAUAUUUUAAAAAAUUUUUUUAAUAAACCCAACCUCUCACUCUUAAAUCCCGGGUUCGAAUAGCCGCAAACAUAUUAAAUCUGGCAGCGAUCUCUGGUGCAGUGGGGCACUUGCCCACCGGAAGACGAUGAGUUUUGUAGUUUUUCUUGCUAGGGGCCUUGAAUUGCGCCCCUUUGCUGUCGGGUGUGAAGGGUGGAGUCAGCAGUGUCAAGGUCAUUGUUGGUCUUCGUCUGUUGAACCCUUGGGGGGGGGGGGGGUGGGGGGGGAGACGCACUUCCUCAUGGUCAUAUGAGUGGCAUUAGAGGGACACUCUCAAAGUGUGAUCUGGGGUGAGGUAAUUAUUCAUCUUUCGUGGGGGAGAGCGAGGCUGACUAACACGUGACGAACCAAACUGUCUCUUGAGGUAAUGUGCGCAUGACGUCAGACACUGGUAACCAUGAUCUUAGUUAAAUUUCACGUCAACACCUGAUUCUAUUACCUGCUACUAUAACCCGAUACUAUUACCUGAUACCAUUACCUGAUACUAUUACCUGAUACUAUUACCUGAUACUAUUAUACCUGAUACUAUUACCUGAUACUAUUACCUGAUACUAUUACCUGAUACUAUUACCUGAUACUAUUACCUGAUAGUAUUACUUUAUAAUAAAGAAGGUGUUCCGAAGCAGUCAUUUCGUCCCCUGCCCCUGUUUCAAUAAGUUUAAUUAUGGGGGGGGGGGGAAGGGGGGGAGUCGUCAAGAAAUCUCUCUUAAGGAAGUUCGUUUAUCAUCUGUGGUAAAAUAGUUUCAGAGUUAAGGUAACUAAUUAUUAUGCCACAGCGGAAUUACACGUUCAGAUAUAUAUGGUCAAGAAAUUGCCCUACAGAAACAUUCCACGUCUUCUUGCCAGAAACACUUAUGAGAAUCAUCCCCCAAUGAUUGCCAACGUGUCCUCUAAUCAUCCUCCAAUGAUUGCCAACGUGUCCUCUAAUCAUCCUCCAAUGAUUGCCAACGUGUCCUCUAAUCAUCCUCCAAUGAUUGACAACGUGUCCUCUAAUCAUCCUCCAAUGAUUGACAACGUGUCCUCUAAUCAUCCUCCAAUGAUUGCCAGCGUGUCCUCUAAUCAUCCUCCAAUGAUUGACAACGUGUCCACUAUUUUGUUUGACUUUAUGUAUUAUAGUGCGUUCCAAAAAAAAAAAAAAAAAAAAAAAAAAAAAAAAAAAAAAAAAAAAUUGAAAAAAUAUGAUCGUGUGCACUAAAAAUAAAAUUCUAUCAAAUCUCCGUUCGCCCAAACUUCCGUCGAUCAAUUUUUCGUCGACAAAAUUUCUUUCAACCACAUUUCCGGUCACCCUAUUUCAGCGCUCCCCUACACGGGAGAAGGAUUCCCCUCAACCCUCAAGAUCAACGCGGACUGGGGGAACAGGUUUGACGGCGAGUUUGACUUUACACCCACUGAGAACGUCAUGGGCUGGGUGGCCAACAUCACCUUUACUAAACCUGUCACUAAGAUGGAGGUAAGCACUGGUCACUCUAAAUAUUAGACGUAAGUAUUGGUCAUUCAAAACAUUUCAAUAUAUUGGACGUAUGUACUGGUCACUCUAAACAUUUCGCUGUAAUAGACGUAAGCACUGGUCACUCUACACAUUUCGCUAUAAUAGACGUAAGCACUGGUCACUCUAAACAUUUUGCUGUAAUAGACGUAAGUACUGGACACUCUAAACAUUUCGCUGUAGUAGACGUAAGUACUGGACACUCUAAACAUUUCACUAAGAUGGAUAUAAGUACUUGUCAUUCUAAACAUUUCCCUAUGAUUGGACCCAAGUACGCUAUUAUUCAAUAACAUGGGUCUCAUCAUCACAGCUGACAUUCAAUAGCAUGGGUCUCAUCAUCACAGCUGUCAUUCAAUAACUUGGGUCUUAUCAUCAUACAUGUCAUUCAGUAACAUGGGUCUCAUCAUCACAGCUGUCAUUCAGUAACAUGGGUCUCAUCAUCACAGCUGUCAUUCAGUAACAUAGGUCUCAUCAUCACAGCUGUCAUUCAGUAACAUGGGUCUCAUCAUCACAGCUGUCAUUCAAUAGCAUGGGUCUCAUCAUCACAGCUGUCAUUCAAUAACUUGGGUCUCAUUCACUGCUGUCAUUCAAUAACAUGGUUUUCAUCAUCACAGCUGUCAUUCAAACACAUGGGUCUCAUCAUCACUGCUGUCAUUCAAUAACUUAAGUCUCAUCACUGCUGUCAUUCAAUACCUUGGGUCUCAUUACUGCUGUCAUUCAAUAACUUAGGUCUCAUCAUCACCGCUGUCAUUCAAUAACUUGGGUCUCAUCAUCACAGUUUUCCUUCAAUAUCUUGGGUCUCAUCAUCACAGCUGUCAUUCAAUAACGUGGGUCUCAUCAUCACUGUAAUUCAAUAACUUGGGUCUCAUCAUGACAGCUGUCAUUCAAUAAUUUGGUCUCAUCGUUGCUGUCAAUCAAUAACUUGGGUCUCAUCAUCAACGCUGUCAUUCAAUAACUUGGGUCUCAUCAUCCUUGCUGUCUUUCAUUAACUUGGGUCUCAUCAUCACUGAUGUCAUUCAAUAAUUUGGUCUAAUCACUGCUGUGAUUCAAGAAUUUGGGUCUGAUCAUCCCUGCUGUCAUUCAAUAACAUGGGUCUCACAACCAUAGCAGUCAUUCAAUAACAUGGGUCUCAUCAUCACAGCUGUCAUUCAAUAAUUUGGUCUCAUCACUGCUGUCAUUCAAUAACUUAGGUCUCAUCAUCACCACUGUUAUUCAAUAACUUGGGCCUCAUCAUCACAGCUGUCAUUCAAUAACAUGGUUCUCAUCAUCACUUCUGUCAUUCAGUAACUUGGGUCUCAUCAUCACCGCUGCCAUUCAAUAACUUUGGUCUCAUCAUCACCGCUGUCAUUCAAUAACUUGGGUCUCAUCAUCACUGCUAUCAUUCAAUGACUUGAGUCGCAUCAUGAUAGAUGUCAUUCAAUAAUUUGGUCUCAUCAUUGCUGUCAUUCAAUAACGUGGGUCACAUCAUCACUGCUGUCAUUCAAAAACUUAGGUCUCAUCAUCCUCACUGUCAUUCAAUAAUUUGGCCUCAUCGUUGCUGUCAUUCAAUAACUUGGGUCUCAUCUUCCUCGCUGUUUUUCAUUAACUUGGGUAUCAUCAUCACUGAUGUCAUUCAAUAGUUUGGUCUCAUCAUUGCUGUGAUUCAAGAAUUUGGGUCUGAUCAUCACCGCUGUCAUUCAAUAACAUGGGUCACAUCAUCACAGCUGUCAUUCAAAACAUGGGUCUCAUCAUUACCGCUGUCAUUCAAUAACUUAGGUCUCAUCAUCACAGCUGUCAAUUAAAAACAUGGGUCUCAUCACCACUGCUGUUAUUCAAUAACUUGUGUCUCAUCAUCACCGACGUCAUUCAAUAGCUUGGGUCUCAUCAUCACUGCUGUCUUUCAAUAACUUGGGUCUCAUCAUCACUGCUGUCAUCCAAUAACUUGGGUCCCAUCAUCACUGCUAUCAAUCAAAAACAUGGGUUUCAUCAUCACAGCUGUCAUUUAAUAACAUGGGUCUCAUAAUCACUGCUGUCAUUCAAUAACUUGGGUCUUAUCAUCACAGCUGUCAUUCAAUAACAUGGGUCGCAUCAUGACAGCUUCCAUUCAAUAAUUUGGUCUCAUCAUUGCUGUCAUUCAAUAACGUGGGUCUAAUCAUCACUGCUGUCAUUCAAUAACUUAGGUCUCAUCACUGCUGUCAUUCAAUAACUUAGGUCUCAUCAUCACUGCUGUCAUUCAAUAACUUAGGUCUCAUCACUGCUGUCAUUCAAUAACUUGGGUCUCAUCAUCACUGCUGUCAUUCAAUAAAGUGGGUCUCAUCACUCCUGACAUUCAAUAACAUGGGUAUCAUCAUCCUCGCUGUCAUCCAAUAACUUAGGUCUCAUCACUGCUGUCAUUCAAUAACUUGGGUCUCAUCAUCACUGCUGUCAUUCAAUAACUUGGGUCUCAUCAUCACUACUGUCAUUCAAUAACGUGGGUCUCAUCAUCCUCGCUGUCAUCCAAUAACUCAGGUCUCAUCACUGCUGUCAUUCAAUAAUUUGGGUCUGAUCAUCACUGCUGUAUUUCAAUAACGUGGGUCUCAUCAUCCUCGCUGUCAUCCCAUAACUUAGGUCUCAUCUCUGCUGUCAUUCAAUAACUUGGGUCUCAUCAUCACUGCUGUCAUUCUAUAAUUUGCGUCUCAUCAUCACUGCUGUCAUUCAACAACGUGGAUCUCAUCACUACUGUCAUUCAAUAACGUGGGUCUCAUCAUCAUUGAUGUCAUUCUUUAACUUGGGUCUCAUCAUCACAGCUGUCAUUCAAUAACUUGGGUCCCAUCAUCACUGCUGUCAAUUAAAAACAUGAAUCUCAUCACCACUGCUGUUAUUCAAUAACUUGUGUCUCAUAAUCACCGCUGUCAUUCAAUAGCUUGGGUCUCAUCACCACUGCUGUAAUUCAAUAACUUGGGUCUCAGCAUCACUGCUGUCAUUCAAUAACUUGGGUCCCAUCAUCACUGCUAUCAAUCAAAAACAUGGGUCUCAUCAUCACCGCUGACAUUCAAUAACUUGGGUUUCAUCACUGCUAUCAUUCAAUAACUUAGGUCUCAUCACUGCUGUCAUUCAAUAACGUGGGUCUCAUCAUUUCUGUCAUUCAAUUACUUGGGUCUCAUCAUCACUGUUGUCAUUCUAUAACUUGGGUCUCAUCAUCACUGCUGUCAUUCAAUAACUUAAGCCUCAUCAUCACCGCUGACAUUCAAUAACUUGGGUCUCAUCACUGCUAUCAUUCUAUAACUUAGGUCUCAUCACUGCUGUCAUUCAAUAAGUGGGUCUCAUCACUUCUGUCAUUCAAUUACUUGGGUCUCAUCAUCACUGUUGUCAUUCUAUAAGUUGGGUCUCAUCAUCACUGCUGUCAUUCUAUAACUUGGGUCUCAUCAUCACUGCUGUCAUUCUAUAACUUGGGUCUUAUCAUCACUGCUAUCAUUCUAUAACUUGGGUCUCAUCAUCACUGCUGUCAUUCUAUAACUUAGGUCUCAUCAUCACUGCUGUCAUUCUAUAACUUAGGUCUCAUCAUCACUGCUGUCAUUCAAUAACUUGGGUCUCAUCAUCACAGUAGUCAUUCAUUAGCGUGGGUCUCAUCACAGCUGCCAUUCAAUAACUUGGGUCUAAUCAUCACAGCUGCCAUUCAAUAACUUGGGUCUCAUCAUCACAGCUGUCAUUCAAUAACUUUUGUCUCAUCAUCACAGUUGUCAUUCAAUAACAUGGUUCUCAUCAUCACAGCUGUCAUUCAAUAACAUGGAUCUCAUCAUCAUUUCUGUCAUUCAAUAACAUGGUUCUCAUCAUCACCGCUGUCAUUCAAUAACUUGGGUCUCAUCAUCACAGCUGUCAUUCAAUAACAUGGGUCUCAUCAUCACAGCUGUCAUUCAAUAACUUGGGUCUGAUCAUCACUGCUGUCAUUCAAUAACGUGGGUCUCAUCAUCAAUGCUGUCAUUCAAUAACUUGGGUCUCAUCAUCACUGCUGUCAUUCAAUAAUUUGGUCUCAGCACUGCGGUCAUUCAAUAACAUGGGUCUCAUCAUCACUGCUGUCAUUCAAAAACAUGGGUCUCAUGACAGUUGUCAUUCAAUGACUUGGGUCUUAUCAUCACUGAUGUCAUUCAAUAACAAGUGUAAACUAGAGAAGGAUCAAAAAUUUCUCAAAGUAUUUUAGUUUAUUCACUAGAAUUUCAUUUGUUAAAAUAUUUAGACUCAAAUAGAUUGGCAUCACAAACAAAUUAUAUUAUGAUUGUUAACAGGUCAUGGCUGGGGAUGCCAUAUCUCAUUCAGCUGACGGCCUAAACUGGGUUGUUGUCAACAAACCUGACCAUCCCUCGGCCCAUGCUGGAACUCCUCUGGCUCUCAAGUAAGUUCAAGCGUGUUACUUCACCUCAAGUAAGUUCAAGGGUAUUACUUCACCUCAAGUAAGUUCAAGGGUAUUACUUCACCUCAAGUAAGUUCAAGGGUAUUACUUCACCUCAAGUAAGUUGAAGCGUGUUACUUCACCUCAAAUAAGUUCAAGGUUAUUACUUCAUCUCACAUAGGGGCAACCAUUGUGUGAUAAUAACCAAGUCACUAGAGGUUUGUGUGUUAAAUAAAUUAAAUAAAUCAUGUUUGAUCGUGAUACAUUAUUUGAUUCAAUUCAAUAGCUUAAGUAUUAUUUCAAAUAUCUAGUUGUUAGGUAUUGCUCAAGUGACCGAAAUGAUUCUCCUAGCAUUACCGAUCCAAUUAUUAUCGUAUCCGGAAAUUUUUUUGUGAGAAAUUUCGUCGACAGAUCAAAUUUUGAGUCAAAUUUCUCAUUUAACCCAUUAUUAUUUUCCUUAUUAUAUUGCAUAGUGCGUUCAAAAAGAAAUUUGACAAAAAUUUGAUUGUGUGAACUGGAAAAAAAUUCGACCAAACAUCCGUUCGAUCAAUUUUACGUCGACGAAAUUUAUUUCAAACCCAAUUCUGGUAACCUAUUAAUAUAAUUCUAUAUAUUCUAAAAAAAGUGAAAAAUUUCUCUGUAAUCUUCAAGCCUCCUGGAGUUAUCAUUGAAAACAAAUGUGGGUCAAAUAGAAAAUAGACACAUGUCCAUUGAAGUAUAUGCUUGGAUAACUACUUGGAUGUCAAAAACAAUCUGAAUGUAAUGUAGGCCAAACUUGACAAAUGGAAUAUUUGAUUUUGAAACUGAGCCGGAUUACUUUCCAUUUAAGCCAGAUUACAUCCCAUUUAAGCCAGAUUACAUCCCAUUUAAGCCAGAUUACAUCCUAUUCUAUGGUCAGUGAGAUUAAGACCUAGAUAGUGGAUAGUUCAUUAACAUUUCCUUGUCAGGUUCUUUGGCAACUUUGAUGGUGGAUCUCCAGCACCUGGGGGGACAGCCAUCUUAACAAAUUUGGGAAGAGACAAGUGGACAGUGACCCCAGCAGCAGAUAGUAAGUGGCCUGUAAUUGAUUCGUUGGACUAGAAUCUACUGCACCCUUGCAUACUUACAUUUCUUCUUUAACAUCGACUGUUCUUCACAGCUAUCAAACAGUAUAACCCUUUAAAAGCAUGUACUGUAGACUUUUAUUAUUAUGUUUUUUUUUGAAUACAUUUCUUUAGGCCUAAAUCUAUCCAAUGGCAGUACAAAGUGCCAACAAUUUUUUUAAUGAAACAUGCAGCGGCGUAGCUAGAAAAAGUGUCGCCAGGGGUGGACCAAGUCUUUUUCCGGCCCCUUCAAAGAAAAAAUCUGCAGUUGGCCCAAAAUUCCGCCUCUCCUUAUAAAGAAAUAAGUGCCGCUCGAGGCGGACCCCUAUCCCCUUCCUACGCCCCUGGAAACAUGUUCUCUCCUCUCAGCGGGGGGUCCCUGUGCUGACUGUGUUGUAAGGAGAAAUUGGACCCCGGUCAAAUCCUUAAGGAGCAGGGCCAUGUGAAGAUUGGCGGGGGCGAGUGGUUUGCCUCAAUUUUUAGUUGUAUGCCUCGUUAGACAGGCAGCUCAGAACACUGCGCCUAAUUCUUAAACAUUUCACUCACAUUUAUUGUUAUUAUUUUUAUUCAUUAUCAGCACAAGAUAUUUAUGGCGUAGGACAAAUCUCCUAGAAUAACAAAAAUUGUGUUACACUUUGAAACGUGUAUUCCAGCGGACAAAUCCAAGUACAACUACAAUGACGUCCUCUACAAGUCCAUCUUAUUUUAUGAAGCCCAGCGGUCAGGAAAACUUCCGUCAACAAACCGUAUUCCUUACAGGGGCGACUCUGCUCUGGGGGACAAGGGAGUGGGGGGCGAAGACCUGACUGGAGGGUGGUAUGAUGGUAAGUUGUUAAACAGAGAUGGUAUGUUAUAUAAUUUGUUUCUAGAUGUUGCAUAGAUUUAUAACUUACAAAAAUUAAAAUUAAUAGACAAAAUCAAAGCAAAAAUUAAUAGGCCUACUUAAAAAAAAUAAUUAAUAUAUUUUUGUAAUGUCACAAGAAGCAAUCAGAGCCCAAUGGCGCUAUCAGGUAGCCUUUCGUAGGCUCUACUAAUCUGCCUUUAAAUCAACAGGCAAACUAUUUUUCUAAAUGUUUAUGAAAUAAAUUUCAAUAAUUUGUUAGAGUUGAGCAACAAUAGUGACACAAGACCGUUACAAGACUUAAAGUUCUUUAUUUAAACAGCUAAUACUGUAUUUAUUACCUUAAGCUUGUCUUAAGAUUUUUUUAGAGAUUAAAAAACCAUUGCCUAAUUGGCUUUAGAGCACAAUGACUAUUGCAACAAAGCACUGAAUUUCACAGUGGCUUCUUGUAUCCACCUCCUCAAACAGCUGGUGACCACGUCAAGUUCAACUUCCCCAUGGCGUACAGUGCUGCAAUCCUAGGAUGGGGCUAUCUCAUGUAUUCAGAUGCUUACAAAGCUGCCGGGCAAGAAGAUUAUUUGCUGGACUCUAUUAAAUGGCCACUGGACUACCUGCUUAAGUGUCAUACUAAACCUGAUGAGCUGUAUGUCCAGGUAUGUUAGGUGUUCAACAAAUCUUUUUAUAAGAAAACAAUUUUGUAGAUGUAUUAUAUAAAUGGCAUACCUCCCGAGACGAUGGAGUAGUUGUUGACACUUCAUCAAAUGGCUUACGAAUGGCAGUCUCGGCUGCACUUCUCGCAGGAGAACCUUGACUCAUGGCCUUCUAUAAUGCUAUUUUUGUUGCAAGGUCUUUCUUUUGCGCAACUUCAGUCACUGCUGUUCGCUAGCUGGGGGGUAGCUCAGCGAUGAUCUCCAAUUCUUUUAUUUCUAUUUUGGUUUCCCUCAUGUACCAUUUUCAAACGUCCUUAAAUCGUGGCCAUCCCAUAAGUUUCGCCCUUUCUGCCAACUCUCCAUGCAGCUGAUCCUUUGGAAUACGGCCUUCCUGCAUUCUACUUACAUGGCCUAACCAGCGAAGGCGCCUCAUGCUAAGAGCGGAAAACAAGCUACACAUUUUGGCACAUUCCAAAACAUAUGUGUUAGGCAAUAUAUCCUGCCAUCAAAUUAGCAAAAUGCAACGCAUACAUCUUUGGUGGAAGCUUUCGAGUUUCCGCUCAUGAUUGUAAGGUGUGGGCCACACUUCACUGCCAUAUAGGAGCAAACUAAGCACACAUGCCUCAUAGACGCUUAGUUGUGUAGUUUCGGUUAGUUAAAGAGUAUUCCACACCCACCUAUUCAAUUUACAGCCAUAGGUGCUGCUGCUUUUGCGAUCCUGAUGUUCACAUAAUCGUCAUCGGAGAGAGAACUAGAGAUAUCGGCACGGUAUUUGAAAUGCUCAACUACCAACAGAUUAUGGAUUAACUAACAACUUGCAGGCCUUCUACUGUGUGCAAGGUUAAGGCGGCAAUGUCAGCUAACAGCAGUCAACGAAUUAGCAUUUUGUUUAAACUUUGCACUAAUGCGGGCGAUAUUGAACAGCCUACCAACAGAUCUGGUAUGGAUGUACACUCCUUCUUCACAGUCCUUGGAGGAAAAAUGAAGAAAUAAUAUUGAGAAGAAAAUGGAGAAGGGCGUUGGUGCAAGUGCGCAGCCUUGUUUCACUCCACUGUUUACUAAGAUGCCUCAGAGAUAUCGCCAUUGAAGGUUAAUGUUCUGUGCAUGUUUUCGUGAAAUGAAUGUAUGAUGGAUACGACCAAUUACUGGGACUAAAAAUGUCCAUGCAGACUGUCAGCCACUUUGCCAACACUUGCUGGUUGGUCCUUUGCCACUGAAUACAAUUGGCUCUCAGACAAUUGGGAUGCAAAUGGCAUUUACGUGGGCAUCAAAAUAGGCAUUAGGUCCACACACUUCAAAAUAGCAUCCCUCAAGGCAAAGACAGUUAUUAAGAACCCAAACGAUGAACUUCAGGGUUAGGUUGAGCAUUAUUCUGAAGAAAACGCAAAAAAAGAAUGUGGUCUCUGAGACAGCAUUGAAUAACCCAUUUUGUUAAAAAUGAUUAUAUGAAAACUGUGGUGAAUUUGUUUAUCUAAAAAAAUUGAACUGCCCAUCUUGCAUAUUUCAUCACCAGGUUGGAGAUGGUGGGGCUGACCACAGUUACUGGGGUCCUCCGGAGCAAAUGACCAUGGCCAGGCCCUCCUACAAGAUUUCAGCAUCUAAACCUGGCACUGAUGUUGCUAUGGAGACAGCUGCAGCGUUUGCCAUUGGCUCACUUGCUUUUAAAGACAAAAGUAAGAAUUUCUCCACUGUUAAGAAAUUUUAAUUUUUACAGAACAGAAACAUCUCACACAAAAUUUUUACCUAAUACAAAAUCCUGUUAAUAUUUACAUAGAAAUAAAUAUAUGUUUUUUUAUUUGAACUAAUUUUGUUAAAUAUAUAUAUAUUGUAAAGUGUAUUGUAUUUUUCUUCGAUACCAGAUCCAACUUAUUCAGCCACAUUACUGCAACACGCUAAACAACUUUGGGAACUAGGAAACAAUCACAGAGGAAUUUACAGUGACUCUGUACAGGCGGCAGCCGCGUAUUACAGGUAAAUCACUUCAGCCAUCAAUCGAGUCUGUACCACCCAGUGUUUUGAUUAGUUGUUUAAGAAUUUUAAUCACAAUUUAAUGGAACAGCUCGAGACCAAAUGAUGGCAACGGUAAAUGUAUAUCGAGGUCCUAAUUGGCAAUCACUUAAUCGUACUGAAAUUUUUAAUCUAUUUUUAGAUCCUACAACAUAACCGAUGAACUGAGCUGGGGUUCUAUCUGGCUGUACCAAGUAACAAAUGACCCUAAAUAUCUGGAGGUAGCAGAGAAAUACUUUGAUCCGGAGCCAGCAUGGGGAAUGUCAUGGGAUGACAAGACCAUUGUUAAUCAGGUACUUAUUUUAAAUUUAUUUCUCUUGAAUGUUAUCCAUUGGCCAGUUCGGCUUGCGGUAUCGGCCUAAAUGGAACCAACUAAGCAGCAGUAACUGUACUUUUUAUAUACUCUCUAAGACUCUAAGAAAUAAAAAUUAUUUUUAGUUAAUUUUAACGAAAUUUGAAAAAACAAUUUAGUAGCCUAUGUCAAAAUUACUAACUGCUGUCCAUCAAGUUUUCUAAAUAAUGUAUUCAUAGUUAGUUUUUUAAUUUUGAAAAUUAUAUCUUGUUCCCAGGUGAUGCUGUACAAGUUAACAAAGAAAGAAAUUUACAAAACUGCAGUGGAAGGUUCUUACAAGUUCUGGUUCCCCGGUGGUUCCAUUCCCUACACACCUAAAGGCUUGGCUUACAGGCUUCAAUGGGGAUCACUAAGAUAUUCAUGUACGUACCUUGCCAGGUUUUUAAACACUUUCAACACAAACCAGAAUUGCAGGAAAUAAAUAUCAAUCAAUGAUUUUAUCAAAUGUUAUAAAAUUAAAAUGGUUUAUGAUUGAAAAAAAAAAUCAGCCCUCUUGAUUUAAUAAUAUUUAAGCACAGCAUUGUGAGACAGAUAUAACUGUCUUACACAUCUGUCAAGUCCCUUGAUUAUACUUCUACUUGUUCUUAAUAAACAGACCAACCAUAAAGCUUAACCUGACUGCAACUGUGUAUUAGUAUUAUGCUUUAAAUAGAUCAAUAAAUUCAGCAUUAGAAACAGCAGUUUUAGCAUUCAUCAUUGAAUCAAUUUAUUUGUUUGUAGUUUUGAAAACAUUCCACACUUGGUUGUAUGAAAUAACUUUAUUAACCAGGAAAAAGAUAAUCAAAUUUUCAUCUUGUCAUUUGCAGCCAACAUGGCGAUGGCAGCACUAGUAGCAGCAGACGCUGGUAUCAACCCAACAGAGUACAGACGUUGGGCCAUGUGUCAGAUCCACUACGCCCUUGGUGACACUGGAUUUAGUUACCUCAUCGGAUUCGGAAACAAAUAUCCACACAGUCCACAUCACAGAUCCAGGUAAGUUUCUAUUCUUCAAAGCAGUAAUCAGAACGAUUCAUUAGUUUGACAUGUCAUUAAUCAGAACGAUUCAUUAGUUUGACAUGUCAUUAAUCAGAAAGAUUAAUUAGUUUGACAUGUCAUCAAUCAGAAAGAUUCAUUCGUUGACAUUUCAUUAAUCAGAAAGAUUCAUUAGUUUGACAUGUCAAUCAGAAAGAUUUAUUGAUUCGAGGAUGGUCACAUAACAAAUUGAAGGCAUUCAUGAUUUCCAAUUAUUGAUCACUUAUUUUCUUGCACAGCUCCUGCCCGAACCUCCCCGCCCCAUGUGGCCCUUUCAUAAUGUCCAGCAAAGAGCCCAAUGUCCACACACUUUACGGUGCCCUGGUAGGUGGACCCGGUCAGAGCGAUGACUACACAGAUGACAGGUCAAACUACGUCAACAAUGAGGUGGCUUGUGACUACAAUGCUGGCUUCCAGACGGCUGUGGCUGGUAUGUACUACGACAACAACCUACUGGUCAACCACCUAUACAUCUACCACAAUCUAAACUCUUAUAAACAUUGUCCAAAUAUAUUUAAUAUUUAUACCAAAUAUAUUUAAUAUUUAUAAUAUAUUCUAACUUUCAAAUAACACAAUUUUGAAUCCAUUUAAAUUGAUUUUAAUAAUGAUUACCUCUUUUCAAGAACCGUAUUAACUCAACUAUAAGUCAAGGGCAGUGUUUUGACCAACAAUUAUGAAAUAUGCUAUGACUGGUGGAUAAGUCGAGUGUAAAACUUGGGGCUUUGAAAUUCGGUGAAUUCUAUAAUUUUGUCAGAUAUUACGUAGCAGCAUUGCUGUACAGUACACUUAACUAAAGCUGAUGUAUCAUUUGACUCAGAUGUAUCACAUCUUCUUCUUCUUCUAUAUCUUAAGGGCCCACGAUCAAUUUAUUGAUCAUUUUGGCUCCUAUACAUGUAGAUGGGAUUUGCAAUGUUUCUGUUACUGGUGUUGAUGAGGAAAUACAUUAGUAUACUAAACUAUAGCCCCUGUGUAUCACAUCAGAUGCUUGUAUCUAAAUUCAUUAAGUUAACACUCUGCAGACUACAUAAUAACGACAUGUCUGAAAAGGCUACCAGAAAGUAAACUGGCGCUAGCAGUAUCUCAACAUUGCCCCGCGAUUCACUUACAAAAUGCUAUCGAAACUAGCACUGUCCUGUUGAUAAGUUAACUUUGUUUUAAAAUGAAGUUUGCGACUAAAUUAUCUGGACUUGUACAUAAGUAUCUAUGGUAAAUCAAAUGGUUCUUAGUUAUGGUUCUUAGUUCUAUCUUACUAGCCAUAGAUAUCAAAAUAUAUAUACACAUAAACGAAAGCUGAUGUUUUAAAAGACGUUUUUCAAUGUUAUCUUCAGCUCUGAAAUCUCUGUGGUUGAGGACAGAACAUCCCCAACAAAAAGGAGAUGACAAAUGUCCAUUCACCAGUGGUUCUGGCGGCGCUGGAGGUGUUGUUGGGAGACGGUGAUUGGCCCACGUAUCGUAAACGGUCAAACAAGUCAUUCUGUUCACGGUCUUCCAAUAAAUUUGUUUGAAUUCACCUAUGCCUUUCUUAUGACGAAUUCUGAUUUGCCACGUAAAGUUCAAACAAAAUGUUACUAACAAUAUUUGUGACAGCUUACAGAGGAACAUUAGCUGAGAUAAAAGCAUGUCAACAAGUUUUUUAUUUUUAAAAAUGUAAAUGCUACUGGUACUAUGACAGUGGGCAUACAAAUAAUUGGUCAACCUCAAUUUUUUCUUGAGUACAUUGUAAUAAUCACACAUACAACCACUCAUAAUCAUAUCACUGUGUUAUAAUCAUGGGAAAUGAAGACUCUCUAUUUACAAAGAUGUGAUAUCAAUGAACCAUUUCAUGACAUUGUAUGAGCAUUUUCUCACCAAUGAAAUCAACUUAUACAAAAUGUUGGGUAGACUUUGACUGAUAGUUACUAGCAAUGAUUAUUUAACUGGGUUUUCACUUUUAUUUCAGGUGUCCUCAGAAAGUUAUUGAAUUUAUUCAAAUUUUUUAAUGUAAGAAUUUACAUGAAAGGGUCCCUCACAAAAAAAAAAUGUUUAAAAUUUAAUUGUACAAAUGGGACCUCUGGACUGGUAAUAGUAACUGUAUUGAUAACGUCAUCUACAGUGCAAAAGUUGACACCUAAAAAUUCAUUGAAAAAAGCAAUGACCUCAACACACCCCCCAGCCCUACCCCCGUGUUCCCCCCCAGGACGGAUGUAAGUAGUACAAAAUGGUAUCAAGUGAUAACUUCACUUACUGAUAAAAAAACACUUGACACUAAAAGAAAAUAAGGGAGGAUUAAGAUUAACAUAAUGUAAACAAAAUGGUGGGAGUGAAACAAAAUGUAAUAAGAUGUAACAAGAAAUCACAUCUUAUAUGUUGAUACUGGCCCCUUCUCUUUCCCACUGGAAUGUUUGUACAUCAUCAGUAACUAACACAAUGAAAUUAAGUCAAAUCAUAAAUAACUGUUUCAUCAAGGUUUACUUAUAACACUAAGAGCCAUACAUGGAGCAAAAAAAACUAUUUAAAAUAGUAUAACCUUUUCUUGACACAAUAACUUUGCUUGCUUUGAGUCCUGCCCUAAAAGUUAUCACUGCCCACACUUGAUGGAAAUUAUAGGUUGAAUAAUAAUAACUCUCUUAACAAUUAGGAUGUUAUGUAAAUCACAAAUCAGAUCUCAUGUCCAGAACAUUUCUUUUAAUCUACAACAUAUAUCAAAGACACUGUAAGCAUGUUCACCAUUGUCUUGUGACAGGUAAGGGUUGAUUGUAGGUCUCAGGUCAUGGUGGUGGUGGUGUUGUGGUCCUCUAGUAAGUGCCAAAACAUAGUGACCUAUCCUUGGUCUCAGGUCAUGGAGGUGGUGUUGUGGUCCUCUGGCAAGUGCCAAAACAUAGUGACCUAUCCUUGGUCUCAGGUCAUGGUGGGGAUGUUGAGGUCCUCUAGCAAGAGCCAAAAGAGAUGUGACCUAUCGUUGGUCUCAGGUCAUGGUGGGGAUGUUGAGGUCCUCUAGCAAGAGCCAAAAAAGAUGUGACCUAUCGUUGAUCUCAGGUCAUGGUGGUGAUGUGGUCCUCUAGCAAGUGCCAAAAGAGAUGUGACCUAUUGUUGGUCUCAGGUCAUGGUGGUGAUGUGGUCCUCU